AAUCCCUCCAAACUCAUUUUUUUUCUCUCUCUCUGUUUCCCCCAAAUUCUUGUUUAGGAAGAUUUCUAGGGUUUCAUUUCGGGUUAGAUCAAAGAUCCCAAUCCAAAUUGGUUUAGGGCCUAAUCAGCAGAUGACAUUGCAAUUCAACGGGGUUUCGUUGUUUCUCCAAGUCGAUUGAACACUGGGGAGGCUGAAGAUGAAGAAAAGCUUGCUGCUUUAAGCUUGUGAAGCGAUGAAUAGAGGAGGAGAAUCACAGACGAGUCGUGCCCAUUUAGGCAAUGCUGCUCCUGAUUUGAGACAUGGUUUAUUGGAGCAUAUGAGAGCACUUGACAAUUUCUCUAACCCAACUCAAGCUCACAGCUCGCAUAUGCUAUUCUCGUUACCAUCACAGAGAUCCCCAAUGGCUACUAGCUCGAUGGUCUUUCCUAUGCAACAUCUUCAAAGAGUAGAUAGUCUGCAAGUUCAAAAGGCUUGGCAUGCGCUUUCCAAUCUUCAGAAGUCUUCUAGGAACUAUGCAAGGCCUGGUAAAACUGUCGAAGUUGGAAGUGCUAGCGCUGAGCAUGCUCAUGGUGUGGGAAGAACUACAUCUGCAAGCUCAGGUCACAUUAAUAAUAGUACUGCACAUGUGCAAACACAUCAAUACUUGGAUGUAAGUAAUGGCAAGUCAAGUGAAGCUGCAACCUGUGUCCGCAGUGGGUUUCGGUCAAGUAGCGAUAAUGUUGCAGGAAUAAGUGUUUGGGGGCAAAGACAGGUCAGGGAAUCACUGGUCAACAAUUCUCAUUCUCAGGUGUCAGGUGGUUCAGUUACUGAUAAUAGUGUUCAUACCAGCCAAGCGAAAGAAUGUUUGAAUAAUUUGAUGAAUACGAUGGACGUUGACGAUGAUGAUGACAUACUUGAGAAUAUUGAUGUCGACCACAUAGUGGAACAGUACCAAUCAAGUUGCACACCUAAACCAUCAAUUUCCAAGCUUCCACCCCUUACUCCAUCUAUCCGUCAAGAUAAUACUGAGAGACAAGAAGUGACUUGUUUGCCACCAGAGUUGUGUACAAAUUGUGUUCAUGGAUUUAAGAUAGGAGGUUGCCCAAAAGCUUCAAACCAUCUGCAAGAAAUGAAGGACAGGCUAAUAACUGUAUCAAAUGAACUGCUUGAUAAUGUUGAUGAGCUCAGUCCACCGCAAAUAGAGAGGCUUCGCCAAGAUAGGAUGCAGCUAAAUAAGCAGAUUCAGGCCCUUGAGAGUUAUCUCUGUACCAACUCAAUGGACGAGGAAAGACGGAAUUCACAUUUUUCCGCAUCCACAACAACUCCCAGGCCUUUCCAAUAUGAAACACCUCCAGCACCUGCAUUCAGGACUGACCCCAUGAGAUUUAAUUCCGAGUUUCAUCUAAAUAAAGAGGGAGGAGGAUACGCAGAGUGGAAUUCAUCAUCAGUUUCAUCCUCUUCUACGGAUAAGUUUGGUUUCUCAUCUUUUCCUGUGGAGAGGGAACCUUACAUCCCAAAGUUUGUUGAUGUCAACUAUAUUGAAGGUUCAAAUGACAAUAAGUGGAGGGAUGGUUCUUUCCCAUGGACUAAAGAGCUGGAGGCUAAGAACAAGAAAGUGUUUGGUAACCACUCUUUUCGCCUCAACCAAAGAGAGGUCAUCAAUGCUACAAUGAGCGGUCAUGAUGUUUUCGUAUUAAUGCCAACUGGAGGGGGUAAGAGCCUGACAUAUCAGCUCCCUGCUGUAAUUUGUCCAGGCUUAACUUUGGUAAUCUCUCCUCUUGUGUCUCUUAUUCAAGAUCAAAUCAUGCACUUGUUUCAGGCAAACAUUCCUGCUGCUUACCUAAGUGCCAAUAUGGAGUGGAGUGAACAACAGGAGAUUCUUAGAGCAGUUAGCUCUGAAUGUUGUAAAUACAAACUGUUAUAUGUCACCCCCGAAAAAGUUGUCAAAAGUGAUUAUCUGUUGCGGCAAUUGGAGAGUCUGAACGCUCGUCAGUUGCUUUCUAGGAUUGUAAUUGACGAAGCUCAUUGUGUGAGUCAGUGGGGGCAUGAUUUCCGACCUGAUUAUCAGGCUCUGGGUAUCUUGAAGCAGAAGUUUCCAGAUACACCAGUGUUGGCUCUAACAGCUACAGCAACAGCUAGCGUAAAAGAAGAUGUUGUGCAAGCACUUGGUCUUGUAAAUUGCAUCAUCUUUCGGCAAAGUUUCAAUCGCCCAAAUCUAUGGUAUGCUGUUAUUCCCAAGACCAAAAAAUGCAUGGAAGAUAUUAACAUGUUCAUUAAAGAAAAUCACUAUGAUGAAAGUGGAAUAAUAUAUUGCCUGUCAAGAAUGGACUGUGAAAAAGUUGCUGAAAAAUUACAGGAAUGUGGGCAUAAAGCAGCAUUUUACCAUGGUAAUAUGGAUCCUGCUCAACGUGCCUUUGUCCAGAAGCAGUGGAGUAAAGAUGAAAUCAAUAUUAUAUGUGCUACAGUGGCAUUUGGAAUGGGUAUAAACAAGCCUGAUGUGCGAUUUGUAAUUCAUCAUUCUCUCCCUAAAUCUAUUGAAGGUUAUCAUCAGGAAUGCGGUCGAGCUGGUAGAGAUGGCCAACGUGCAUCUUGUGUGUUGUAUUACAGUUACAGUGACUAUAUACGAGUCAAACAUAUGAUUAGCCAAGGAGUUAUAGAGCAAAACCCAUUGACACCCGGACAAAAUCGUAUGAAUACAGCUAAUUCUGGGAGAAUACUGGAAACAAAUACUGAGAAUCUUUUGCGCAUGGUGAGUUAUUGCGAAAAUGAUGUUGAUUGCCGACGACUUCUACAGCUUGUUCAUUUUGGAGAAAAAUUUGAUUAUACAACCUGCAAUAAGACGUGCGAUAAUUGUUUGAAGGUCAAGAGUUUCUUUGAGAAGGAUGUCACGGAGAUAGCAAAGCAACUGGUUGAACUUGUGAAAUCAGCAGGCCAGCAGUGUUCAUCAGCUCAUAUUUUAGAAGUCUACAGGGGAUCCCUAAGCCAAUUUGUCAAGAAACACGGGCACCAGACUUUAAGGUUGCAUGGAGCAGGGAAACAUCUACCCAAGGGAGAAGCUUCUCGUGUAUUACGUCAUCUUGUUACUGAGGAUCUGCUUGUGGAGGAAGUCAAGAAAAGCGAUGUUUAUGGAUCGGUAUCAUCAAUACUAAAGGUUAAUGAGUUUAAAGCAUGUGAACUUUUCUCUGGCAGGAAGACAGUCAUGUUAAGAUUCCCUUCCUCUAUAAAAGCUUCAAAGCAGUGGAACACUUCCACUAAAGGUUCACUGACAUCUGAGAAGCUGAAGACUCAGCAACUUGGCGCCGGACAAACUCAGUCCAAUGGAGAUGUGGAUCUCUCUACCCAAUUAUUUGCUAAUUUGAAAAUGCUUCGAGCUACUCUCGUAAAGGAAUCUGAGGAUGGGGUCAUGGCAUAUCACAUAUUUGGGAAUAAGACAUUGAGAGACUUGAGCUCCAUACUUCCUAGAACCAAGAAGGAACUCCUGGAAAUAAGUGGCAUCAACAAGGUUAAGGUGACUAAGUAUGGAGAUCGAGUACUCGAAACCAUUGAAUCUACGAUCAGGGAGUAUAAAACUUGCAAAAACAGUAGCAGUAGCAAUGACAGUAACGAGGAAAAGAGGAAAAGAGAGGGUAGCAAAGCGAAACAAAAUGGGCAUGAAGACGAUGAUGACUUCACCAAAAGCACUGAUCGAUCAAAGAAAAGGGCCUCAAAAAAGCAGAGCAAACCCAUCGAAGACUAUAGUUAUCAGCAGCCUGAUUACAACCAAAUCAUGGAUGAUGAUCUAGAUUUGUAUGAUUAUGAUUUUGAAGUGCAUGCUUCAGCUACAAAGACUGUUCAGGACGUUGGUGGAAGAGUGCUUCCCCAAUGGUCCACGCAUGAAUAUGGGCGACACCGAUAAUUGUUGUAACUGAUACUGAGGUCAAUAUUUAUAUUAAAAUCAGCAAUUCAUGGUCUCUUGAUAUGCAGAAAGAAGUAGGAGAUGAGCCUCUUUAUCAUGC